AUGGAGUUUGUCCUUCUCCUUACGCUCCUCCUGGCCACCUCCCAUGCCGCGAUCAUCUCCGAUCCAGUCCUCGACUCUAGCGGAAAUGAGCUCAAACGGGGUCACCAGUAUUACGUGCUCCCGGCGAUCUUCGGUCCCCUCGGCGGCGGCUUGAAUCUGAUGUCCCUCAAUGAGACGUGCCCACUCUAUGUGACCCGGGAGAUAUCGGAGAUGGCCAGGGGGCUGCCCGUCAUGUUCUUCCCGGAGAACCCGGACCGCUCCACCGUGCGCGAGGGGGGGACGUUCAACGCCAUGUUUGCCGCGCCUACCCAGUGUACGGAGUCUACGGUGUGGACAGUCAAAGAGGGGACCCUGGCGACGGGUGGAACCGUAUCCCAGAGCAUUGGUCCUCACUAUAGUAGGUUCGCCAUAUAUAAAUCUGAUGAAUUCCCGAGAUCUGCCUACAAGAUCAGGUCUUGCCCGUGCAGCGUAGAUGUGCCGCGCGCAGCCUGCCUGAUGGGAUGCUUAGAGGGUGGUUCACUGCCUAAUGCUGUCAACUUUGUGAGUGCCGACAAAUGGGGAGCCGUGAUCGGUUCCAAGGCAUACUAG